AUGCCUCAACUUCAAACAUCACGUCUCAACUCUGCAACGACACCAGUGCUUCUCUGUUUACUACUUGUAAUAUCUCUGUUCCCCGGUCUGUUUCACUAUCUCUGGACACUGCCUUUUAGCCUUGUUGGAUUAUCAGGACCCCCUCAACCCCGCUCAACUGCCCGUCCAGUGACAGACCCUUCGACGGCAACAACCAUGAGUUUUUUUCAGAAGCAAUUCACACUUCCUGCCAAAUCACGGGGUUCAUACCUCAUAACUGACCAGGUUGUGUCUUCACUUCCCGAAAUUCGGGAUUACAAGGUCGGCCUUUUGAACCUUUUCGUUCAACACACGAGCUGUGCUUUGAGCUUGAACGAGAACUGGGACUCUGAUGUUCGGGAGGAUAUGAGCGAUGCUCUUGAUAGAAUCGCGCCAGCUGAAGGACCCAAGGGAGAGGCUCUAUACCGCCAUGAUGCCGAGGGCCCAGACGACAUGCCUGCCCACAUCAAGUCUGCACUCAUUGGGGCCAGCGUUACUAUUCCCAUUAAGGAUGGAAAGCUUGCUACAGGAACUUGGCAGGGAAUCUGGUACCUCGAGUUCCGUGCCGCUUGCCACCAGAGACGGGUCGUCGCAACUAUCCAAGGGGAAAAAGUUUGA